AUGACAACCACAUUUAAUGUUUCUGAAGUAGAACCAUGUAUAAAAGAACACUCUCCUGCCAAAUUCGAAGAAGAAUUACAACGAUGGAUGCCAAAACAACAACAACCAUUAUUCCCAACAUUAGAAAAAGAUCCUUCAGUUAAACCGACACAAGAAACUCUCUUGUUUGAGAAUGGUCAAACAAAUUAUCCUUUGAUUGAGCUUGAUCAUCGUGUUAAAAAUGCAUUCAUUGCUACAAUUUACAAAGCCUACUGUGAACAUUAUCGAUUGGAAUUAUCGGUCGAAGAUUUUUGGGUGGCAAUUGCCCAGGGAGUUAGUAUCCAUUUGAAUGAAAAUGUAGAGAAAUUUCGUUCUCUAUUUGUGUCUCAUGGAGGACAGAAAGAAUUGACUUUGGUUGUUGAUUCUCUAAGAAUACCGGAUUCUGAGCGUCCAUCAAUUGGAAACAAAAAUGUACCAGGCGGCCUUCCAGAAGUAACGCUGCGUGGUUCUGCUGAUGACUGGCAGUCAGUGAUUGAUCGUGUAAAUACAUUGAAAGCCUAUUUUGGUGAUUUUCAUUGGUGGUUCGAUUCUAUAUUGCCCCAUUUAGAAAAACUGAAAGAGAGUGCUCAAGGAAAACCGGACAAAGAGUGGUGGUCAAAAAUCUGUCACCAUGAAAGUGUAACACAGAUCGAUUUUCUUCUUGACGACAAUGGUCACAUCACAAAAAUGAAGCUUAUCUCUGGUUUUCUUGGUGUUGCACAAAAUCCUGAAACUAAAGCAUUACGUCCAAGCAUGGGUUGGUUGACAGCAGUGAAACAAGAAUGUUGA